AGAGAGCGCCACAUCAUGGAGGCGCUGCUGAAGAACCUGUCGGAGGCCGUGGAGCUGCUGGCCGUGGCGGCCCACUGCGCUGUGGUGGAGCGCUGGGACGAACUGGCCCUGUCCAGGGCUUUCCACUGGGCCGAGUACUGCGAGCACAUCUACUCCAGGUUCCACAAUAACCCGGCCAUAAGAAGAGUUCUGGAGAAACAGCUGGAGCUCACAAAUCAAAGCUUGAGCAAUGUCUUUCCUGGAUGUGCUGAAGUUUCCUUCUCGGACCUCCCACGUUGCCGAGAUUUGUUGCUGGUCGGGCUGCUGCACAACCCUGAGCUGCCCGUCUCCAUCUUGAAGCUACUUUUUAAAUCUCAGGGACCCGGUAAGGUCUUGACGAGUGACUAUGAAGAUGUCCCUGGCCUCUGCAGCCGCAUCAUUCAGUGCAGGUCAGUUUGUAAAGUCCUGCGUCCUCUCUGCGGUCCGUCAGCUGUUGGUGCUGAUGCUGAGGUGCAGGGGGAGAUGCUGAUGGAGAGACUGAGCCAAGAAUGCACCGACCUCUGCCGGGCAGAGCACUUUUUGUGCUCCGUCCUUCAGGUGUUUCAAGGAGCAGCACAUCGUUUGUGUCUAGUCAUCUCUGCAGCUCUGCUGAUGACUAAACACUCGUCUGAACAAACGGCCUCGCAGGACUUUCUCUUGGACUGGCUGCAGCGUCACUCCGCCGUGCUGCAGAGCAUGUGUUCUGCGCUGCCUUCUGCAACUCUCCAGGAGCUGCUGAAAAGACACCGAAAAUUCAGAGCUGCGUUCUGCGACAGGCUGAAACAGUGGGCGUCAGAGAUGGAGUACACAAUAUGUGACGGUGAAUGGGUUCAUAGCGGCGCCAUCCCCACGGUGUCCUUUCAGAGCCUGACUGAGCACUUCCUGUUAUUGUUUGAGGCCUGCCCCUCGCUGAGGAGGCAAGCAGAAGACGAGCUAAACGCUUUAAAGAUUGCUGAUGGAGACUUUGAUGUCCAGGGACUGAGUGUGUGGGGAGACCUUCUGUCUGCAUUAAACAAGUGA